AUGUCAGUGCUAGAAGUUCCCGCGUCGGGCGGAAGCCGCGAGGGCCGGAAGGAGCCUUCCAGCAGGAGCAGGAGCAGGAGCAGGAGCAGCAGCGGCAGCAGCGGCAGCGGCAACCAGACGGGCCAGAAGGCCCUCACGUCGCCCUCACCGCAGACCUCACCACCACCCUCGCCACCACUCUCACCACAACACCAGAAUAACCUCAACCACGACAACCACCCGCGGUCCCCACAAGAGCAGCAGCUGGAGAAUUCUGCCCCAGAGGGGCCGCAACCGCGGCGCGAAACCCAGCAGCAACCACAACAUCGCACCGGCCAUGAGCCUUCCGCCAUCUCCAAACUCCUCGCCACCGUCCUCGCGCCCUUGAUAGACAUCCUCCUCUCAAUCUACCACCGCAUCGCCUCGCCCACAACGCCGUCCCCGGAAGCCCCGCCGCCGCAGCAGCCGCCGCCGUCGCGGGAGCACCAGAACCAAGAAGACGCCACCAUGAAGCACCGCGCCGCCAAGAGCCGCCAGGGCCGCAAGGAAAAUGUGCGUCCGGGCCUCGUCGCUAAGAUCGCCAAACUCAAGCUGCGCGAAGACCCCACCCUUUUGCCCCUGCCCAAGGGCACCAUCCUGCCCUUCCUGCCCGUCCACGAGAUCAGCAUCUCGCCCAAGGAGAUCGAGGGCGAGGACCCGUCGGUCAAGGUCGAGCGCGAGAUGCAUCGCGGCUUCAUUGAGCAGGCCCUUGAGAUGGCCCGUCUUGCCCUCAAGACCAACGAGACUCCCGUCGGCUGCGUGCUCGUGUGCGACGGUCGGGUCAUCGCCAAGGGCAUGAACGCCACCAACAUCACCCGCAACGGAACCCGCCACGCCGAGUACAUGGCCCUCUCGUCUCUUUUCGCCUAUGUCGCCGGUGCGGACCAGCCCCCGGACGCCCUGCAGCCCGUCAACAAUGCCGCCACGAACAAGGGCAACUACUGCUGCAAUGGCAACCUGAACCUGGAGGAUGACGCCGUCUGGGACGCCGUGGACCCGACGCGGUGCCACAUCUACCCCUACGGCCAGAAGCUGCACCCGGCCCCGCGCGUGUACGAGUCCAUCAUCCCGGAGUGCACCCUGUACGUGACGGUGGAGCCGUGCGUCAUGUGUGCGUCGAUGCUGCGCCAGCUCGGCAUCAAGAGGGUCUUCUUCGGCGCCGUCAACGACAAGUUCGGCGGCACGGGCGGCGUCUUCCGCAUCCACAUGAACUCGCCCCCCGCCAGCGCCGAUGCCGAGCCCAUGCGGCGCGUCAUGGACGGCAUGGUCAUCCGCAUCAGCCGCGACGGCACCAGGACCGCCCUCAAGCCCGCCUUUGAGGAGCUCAAGCCCGUCUCCGAGGAGGCUGAGGAGACGGAGGGCGACGGCGCAAAGGACCAAGCUGACGAACGGGCCAAGCAGCAGGCCAUAGAGCAGGCCGAGCAGCAGGCCAUAGAGCAGGCCAAACAGCAGGCCAUAGAGCAGGCCAGGCAGCAGGCCAUGGAUCAGGCCAGGCAGCAGGCCAACGUGCAGGCCAGAAUGAAGGCUAGAGAGCAGGCGUUCGAGCGGGCCGCUCAACUGAUUGAUAAGCAGAUUGGUAAGCGGGAUGCGAAGCGAGCUGCUAGGCAGGCUGGCAAGCAGACCGGCAGACAGGCCAAAGGGCGGACUGGAGAGCAGGAUUGCAUCUCGAUGGGUAUGUCGGGGACAGACCGGCAUAAUAUGUGGACUGUGAACAAGGAGCCCGUUGAUGAGCCCGCAAGGGGUGCGAUGCGCCGCGAGGGAGAUGGUGGCAACGUCGAGCCCGGAUACCUGGCCGAGGGAGGCUGGGGUCGUGACGAGGCCGUUGCGCUGCUGCGUCAAUUUUACGUUCAGGAGAACGGUCGAGCUCCGGUUCCGCGCAAGAAGGAGGGUCGGGCGGCCCGACUCGCGGCCAUGCUGGAGAGGGAUGGCAUGAGUGCGACCAUCGACUUGCUCAACACUGCGCCCAUGCCGAAAGUGAUGUCAGCCCCUGUCACGACAGCGAGCACGCCCAUGCCGCUCGGACAGUUGGGAGGCGCUUCUAACAAGGCUCUGGGCAUGAACGGGAACAAUGCCCAGAUCAUGGCCGACGGCGGACAGGAGAAUGGCAAGGAGGGUAGUAUCGUCGACGUACCUACCCCCAUGUCUGACGUCACUUAG